AUGCCUAUCUACCAGGACCUCACACCCUCACUCUUCGUCAACGUGAUUUUUCACCCCGCCGAACCGGUCGGCGACUUCUCCCUCGCGGGAAAACUGUACAACAACGGCGCCACCUCGCCCAACCGCAUCCAUGGGACCGUCCGGACGGGCCCCAAGCGCACGAAAAAGCGGUUCGACACCUUUGCCAAGAAACUCGAGGCGGCGUGGUACGAGGUCGUCUACGGACCAAAGCAGGCGGGCCAAAUCAACGGUGCAAACGGCCACGACGGGGAAAUGAGCAAGGAGGAUCGGAGAGCUAGGAAGUUGCACAUCGUAGGAUUCGACGGCGUCAUUACGGGCAUUGAGAACGGCGUGGCUCUUUCAAGUGCCUACAACGAGGGAACGUGGUUGAAAGACAACAUGGCGUACUUCAAGGAACAGGUUGAAGUCUAUGGUGACCAACCGUUCCAGGACCUGUUGAAAGAAUUGCGCGACCGUCCAGAUUUGAGAAAGUUGGUUGAGUGA